AUGCAGUUCAAAUCGUUCCGAGAACGUCUUGAUGCCAUCAAGAUCGAUCCGCUGAAACGGCAGAAGAAAAAGCUGUCGCGGGACACGGACACGUCGCAUUUCAUUGCAUGUUACACGACCCAUGUUGAGCUGAACUUGUCCACCAGCUUCACUCGUUUUAUGGAAAAAUGUGGAAAGUACGCCGUGUCGCUGCCCAUGGUGCUGUUCCACAAGGAGGAGAUUUUCGAUGGUUUGGAGGAGUGUCUGGAGGAUGGAAAUGAACACAGUGUGGAGGCCCUGCUAGAUCUACUCACCAACUUUGUCCGCGACCUGGGCGAGGAGUUCGAGCCAUACUUCCCCCGAACUCUCGCACUUCUCAUCAAUCUCACCUACCACUUCAAUCUCGAGGUGGUCGAGCACACUUUCAACGCAAUGGUGUACAUUUUCAAGUACCUGGCUCGUCUAUUGACUAGCAACCUGGUGCCCCUGUACGACAGCGUCAGUGUACUUUUGUCCCGAGGAGAUGAAGAUGUGCAGAUGAUUGAGAACGGAGAAGAAGACGAGGAGGAGAUCCCGGAGGAAGACUCUGACGACGAGGAGGAUGACAAGCCCAAGCCUAAGAAAAUCAGACCGUUUGUGCGAAGAUUUGCCUCGGAAACACUGGCCUUUCUGAUCCGAAAGUGCUCCCAAGACGGUCUGGACGUGAUCGUGCCGCACGUGAUGAGCACGCUGGAGGGCUCGUCACGAGAUUACGUCUCUGCCGUCUCCGCCAUGUUUGCUGCGUCUAUCAAACACACCAAGGGAGCUCUUCAUUCAAAGACGGACUUGAUUCUUCAAGUGUUAUUUGCAUGUGCGGCUUGUGACGACAACACAAUCACCGAGGCCGACCGAGUACACGUGACCAUGAUUUCAGAGACUUUGGCCGUUGUGCUGGAGCAUAUUGAGGACCCUGUCAUGGGCCAGGCCGUGUUUGAUACCUUUUACCAGUAUGCCCAAGGCAACGGUAACUACGAUACUGUGACCUAUCUGACUACUAUAACCGCCAUCCGAAAGGGUUCCCGAGUUCCUGAUUGGGCUCGAGUCUUCCAGGAGGCCAAGGCUUUCUGCUCCACUCUCUCCGACAAGGCCAUUGUCGAGUUCGCGCUCCUGGUGGUCUCGCUCAUCCAGAACGGCGCCCAGAGCAAUGUGCUGGCCAACCAUACGUCCUUGCUCACCACUCUGUCGUCCAAAUCACGUGAGCAAUACUUUGUGGCGUUCCAAAUUCUUGCCAAGGUCCAGAGUCAACGGUUCACCGAUAUCUGUGUCAAGUACAUUCCUCAGUUGAUCAGCAUGUUCUCUGAUGAUCUUUCGCAGAUUGCACUCUUUGUCGACAGUCUGGAGAAGAUCAAGUGUCUGGAUGCCUGCAAGGUUCUGAAGAAGGAGAUUGUAGCGUUUGGCAAGAAGAACAUGUCCACUGAAACAGUCUUCAACCUCUAUUGGCGAAUCAGAAUGUUCACCAAACUUUCUAAUGUCGAUAUGAAGAAGGAGAUGACCGAGUUUGCCAUUGAGCUACUCCCCAAGCUCUCCGCUGACGACGUGUAUACUGGAGCUCUUUACGGAGUCACUCUGAGUCUGAUUGGGUCAUUGGGAGACGAUAAGCAGCUGGUGGAACGAGCCCUGGGCCGCCUGGAACACUUUUCACAAAUCGAAGGCUACAUUACCGGUCUGCUGGCCAUUUGUGACUCUUCAACCAAGCUGGAUGACUCGUCACUGGUGCUGCUGACCCAGAACCUGACCUCCGCAAACACCCACGUGCGGGACGUGACGCUGAGCCUCAUUUCGAAGCUGUCACGUGGCCAGAACGCGCUCGUCAAUGAGUGCAAGGUCAUUUCAUCCAUUCCGUUUGAUUAUACCACGUUGCGGUCUCUUGUUCAGCGAAUCGAGAAGCUCGGAGAAACCUUCUCCCUGUCUGGGUCAGAUACGAUUGCUGAUUCAGCAGUGCCUCAUUUCCUGUUUGGACUUCUUACUGUUCAUUUUACGCCAGCUCACGAGGCUGCCAUCAAGGCCCUCAAGAAUGUUGCCGAACGAUUUCCGGAGCUGGUGUGGAAGUUGUCCUACAACGUUUUGCAGGCACGUGACCUGGUCAAGGUUGAUGACGACUGGGUGCCCGAGCCACGUCAUGUUCUGGACAGCCCCUUCACCGACUCCAUGUCUCCCGACUAUAACUUGAAUGGUUUGUUUGAGACGUACAAUGAGCUUGUUUCUCGCGAUAGCAACGGAGCUCUGUUUGAGGACUUUUCCGAGUCGGCUUUCCCUGCUGAGGAGCCCUUUUACCUGCGAAACAAUGUGCUGAAGGUGCUCAAGGCUGUUCCUCGGGUGUCUGAGAACCAUGUGAUGGAGCUGGUUCCCUAUCUUCUUUGGACUGAGGGUGUUUCUCGAGAUAAGCAGGCUGUUGAGUCUUCCGAGUAUGGACUUGCCGACUCGUGGACCCUCAAGGACAAGAUUGUGUUGCUGGACAUUUUUGCUCUGUUUCACAACACCAAGAACUGUCCUCGAGCCGAGGAAAUUUAUCAGAGAUACCUGCUGCUUCUGACCAACAAAAUGAACUCUGUUCAGAAGGCAGCUCUUCAGUGCAUCCUAUCCUGGAAGAACAAGGUGGUUCGCAAGUACAAGGACAAUCUGUUCAACUUGCUGGAGGACUCGCAAUUCAAGGACGAGAUGCUGAGCUUCCUCAAGCCCUCAAAGGACCGAGUUUUGCAUGAAGACGACGAGCAUGUCAUCUUCCCUCUGGCGCUCCGGAUUCUCUACGGACGAUCUCGAGUGGUCAGCAAGAGUGGACCGCGGUACGGAAAGCGGUUCGCGGUGCUUUCCACUCUUCUGGCUCUACCCGAAAAGUACACUCGCAUGUUUGUUUCUCUGGCAAUCGACCAGCUGGAGAUUCCCAAGGACUUUGACAUUCUCGGUGAUGACCACGUGAUCGAGCCCAAUCCUCGCGACCUGGAGACCCUGUCGGGCAACUGCGAGACUCGAACUGCGGCGUCUCAGAUCUUCUUUCUGGAGCUGGCCAUGGAUCUGGGUAAGCAGAUUGGAGCCAAGUUACAUUCGUCCAUGGACAUUCUGCUCAACUCGGUGCUGUAUUGUAUGCAUUAUUCGUGUCUGAUUCCAGACAACACCUCAGCUCGUCGAAUGUCUCGGUACGGCUUCAAGGUGCUGACUCAGCUCUUCCUCAAGAUAAAGGACUUUGAAUGGCAGCCCUACCUGACCCCGAUCUACUACCCUUGUAUAGAAUCUAAGCUGCCGACUUUUGUUGCUGGAAACACCAAGCGACCCAGUGCUCUGCUCCAGAUCACGUUUCUGUGGGGAUCACGUGCGCAGGCCUUUCCCCUGUUUGUGUUUGAGGAGGUGGCUUUGCUGAAGCAGGUGGUGGCUCUGUUGAAGGUGUCUGAUCUGCCCGACUCGACCAUCAAGGACUGCAUUCUGCUGUGGUCUUCGAUUUUCGCCAUUGAGGAUCAAGUGAAUGCUGGCGAGUUUGAUCACGUGGUCGACUCGACGAUUCCUCUGUUGUUGCCCCGCAUUCCCGCCCUGCUGGACGAGCACAGGCGCAACUUUGACGUCGUGACCACCAUUGCAAAGCUGCUGGUGAUCACGUGUCAGAAGGGCUAUGCACGUGAUCAAAAGGUCAAGAGCGAUCUGAUUGCUGUUGUGACCGAUCUGGUGGUGAACAACAAGGUAUCGUGGUCCAUUCAGGUGUCUCUUUUGAACGCUCUCACCGAGCUGGUUCCGGUGACCACCCUCGCCAAGGAGCACGUGACUGAAAUGUAUCUGAACCUGUCCACUCUUUUCCAGACCAUCAAGUUGCAGAGUGCACGUGACGCGCUGGUGAACGCCUUUUGUGUUGUCUGCACCAAGCUUGGAGGUGUCGAUCGCACGGCUGAACUUGUCAGCCAGCUUAACUCGGUUGGCAAGCGGCUUAAUGAGCCCGACUGGGACACUCGAAUGGCCGCCUACAACGAUAUUACUCAGCGGGAGUUCUCGUCUUUCUCUGCCAUGGAGUGGACUCCUCUAAUUAGUAACAUGUUGCAUUUCAUCCGUCUUGACGAUCUGCCGAUCCGACAGAACUCCACUCUGGUGCUGAUGCGGUUCUUCGAGUCAAUUCAAGAGUCCCAGCCCGACAAGAUUGAGCUCAUCGACGACAUUGUCAUGCCCGAACUGGUGGUGGGAAUGCGAGAGCCGCAGUUCAACAUUCGAAUCGAGUUUGUUCAGGUUCUUGAGAACCUCGUCAAGUUGUCUGAGCGUCAUUUGUUCGAGCCCCUGAACGACCUCGUCACUCUUUUGGCUCCCAACAAGUCCGCUGAUGCCAACUUUUUCUACAACGUGAUGCAUGUGCAGAUUCUCCGACGACAAAAGGCGGUGCAGUAUCUCAACUACUUUGUCAGAAAGGGGGCUAUUUCUUCAGACAACAUUGCCAACCUUCUGUUGCCUCUGAUUGAGCAUUACGGAAAGAGAAACAACCAGGAGACGCAGAACUUAGCCCAUAUGACCUACAAGUGCAUUGGUUCCAUGACCCGGUUUGUCACCUGGGAGCAGUACGUCAAGAUCAGCAAGCGGUUCGUGGGCUACCUCCGAAAGGGCUGCCAGAGCCUGAAGCAGGCCUCCAGAAUGCUAGCUGCUCUUGGUGUGGCCUUCACCGAGGACGACUCCCGCGAGGAGGAGGACGAAGAGGAAGAGGAGGAAAACACCGAGGAAAUUGCUGAAGAGGUCGAAGACGAGGCCAUGUCUGAUGACCGUGAGAACUACUCAGAUGCAGUCUACACUGUUCCACGAGCUCCCAAACUCAUCUCCAUGGACACGUCUCUGUUUGGAACCACCUCUACCCCUGAAGAGAGAUCCGCUUUCCUGCUGGAGAACGUGAUUCCUCCCAUUCGAAAGACUCUUCGUGCCCACUCCAAUGAGCAGCUCACCGACCGAAUCCCUCUCGGUAUUCCCGUCGUGCGGUUCAUUGUUGCUCUGCCUCCUGCCCAGGUCAUGACCGUGCUGCCUGGUACCCUAACCACUCUCUGUCAGGUUAUGAGAGCCAAGCAGCAGGAGCUCCGAGACGAGAUGCGGAAGCUUCUGGGCCAGAUUGCCGAAAUUCUGGGGGCCAGGUACCUGCUCUUCCUACUGCGAGAACUCAAGUCUGCGCUCCGACGAGGAGCCCAUCUGCAUAUUCUGGGCUACACUGUCUGGUACAUUUUGUCCACCAUGACUCUGGAGCACGCCGAUCUCGAUCCUGUGGCUGCUCUGUGUUCUGAGAUCAUCAUGGAGGACGUCUUUGGAGUCACCGGUACCGAUAAGGACGAAGAGGACUACCGAAGUGCCAUGAAGGAGGUCAAGACCCAGCGGUCCUACGAUACUGCCGCCAUUCUGGCCUCCAACGUGUCUCUGGAGUCGUUCUCCAAGCUUAUUGACCCGGUAAAGACGAUCCUGCUGCAUAAACGUCUGACCCUUGGAGUCAGUGAAAAGGUGGAGACCGUUCUGACCCACCUGUCUCGAGGUCUCAAGCGAAACGCGGCCUCCGAAUCGCAGUCUGUGUUGAUCAUGUGCUUCGAAGUGUGGAAACUCACCCAGACAAUUGAGAGCAAGUACAACGAGGAGGAGGAGGCAAAGAGCCAAAAGAUUGUGGCUCUGGACGACAACGAAAGCGAUUACAUCGUGAACCUCGACGCCAAAAGUCACGUGACUAAGCUCCGGGACGGCAUGCACAUUGCCAACCUGAAUCUGCUUGUGGCCUUCACUUUCGACACUCUCAAGAGUGUUUUGAGCAACAAUCCCGAGCUCCGAACUGCCAACAACCUGUAUGGCUUCCUACAGCCUCUCACACAGUCUCUUUCAAACACCCAUGAGAAUGUUCAAGUUGGAGCUCUGCGAGUCUUGUCAAUGAUUUGUGACUUGGAUUUCCCUGACAUGGACUCAUGGACUCAAAAGUGGGGCACUGAGACGCUCAAGAUCAUUGCCAACUCGUCCGACACCAAGACGCAGCUGGUUCAGAACGCCUUCAGACUGCUGACCAAAUUGUUUGAAUGUUCUGAGUCGUUUGAAGUCAAGGAGAGUGCUCUGGGCAACAUUCUGACCCGGAUUCUGCCUGACCUGGUCGAGUCGCAGGGCCAGAACAUCACCUUCAACCUUGUCAAUGCCGUUCUGGGCCGUCAGAUUGUCAUUUCCGAGGUGUACGAUGUCAUGAAACAGAUUGCCAACAUUAUGAUCACCCAUCAGCAGUCUGAGACCAGAGACCAUUGUCGAGAGCUAUACUUUACGUUCCUGACCACUUACCCUCAGUCUCGUGACCGUCUCAACGCUGAGUUCCAGUUUCUCAUUCACAACUUGGAUUAUCCGUUUGAUUCUGGCCGGCAGUCUGUUCUGGAGAUGAUCCACCGUCUUUUGACCGAGGUUAGUGACGCGCUGCUCAAGCAGACCAUCACCUCGUUCUUCGUGGCUCUCACCCUUGUUCUCUAUAACGACGACUCCUCCACUUGUCGAGAGAUGGCCUCCACCAUCAUCAAGAUUCUGCUGCAAAAGUCGUCGCAGGGUGUCGAGCAAAAGUUUGUCCAAGAUCUCAUCUACUCUUGGAUCGACUCCGAUCUGUCUUCUGAUCUGCUCAAGGUAGCUCUCCAAGUGGUGGGUUUCUAUGUGGAGUCUGAGCCCUCUGACAAGGACAAGAUCCUCAACAAGGCCGAGAAACAAGUGAUUGCCAUCAUUGCGGCACAAUCGUCUCUUCCUUGGGACCUUGUAUACUUUGCGAUGCAGCUGUGGGGUCGCAUGUGCUCCCACAAACAGGUGCAGUUCACCCAGACCAAGUACUCGACCAUGUGGGACGGGGUUGUGGAGUGUCUUUUGUAUCCCCAUUCCUGGGUUCGUCUGAGCGCAUCUCGGGCUGUGGGACUCCUGUUUGAUGCUUUCAAGGCGCGUGACAGCGACUCGGGACUGGUGUUCUCCAACAGACAGCUCCAGACGGUGGCUUACCGACUUGUUCGCCAGCUGUCGACCCCUAAUGCCUCCGACAAGCUGUGUACUCAGGCGGUCAAAAACCUGACAUACAUUGUGCAGGAGUGGGAGAAUUCGUCGUACCUAUACCAGAAGUCCGACUCUGAGAAGGACGAGGAUGACGCUACCGAGACCGGCUCGUCUCUGGCCACCGACUGGCUUCUGGGCCGAGUGUCUGGUAUCAUUCGAACCACCGUCAAGGGCAAGGACAAGCUGCAUGCCAAGCGCGCAUGUGUUCGUUUCCUAGCGGUAUUGGUGUCUCUUCUGAGUGAAUCUAGGGUGAUGGAGAUUUCUGAGCACGUCAUCUACGCGCUGUUCACCACCAUGGACCAGCACGAGGCUGCCGUGGAUUCUACUCUUCGAGAGCUGGCGUCGGAGACUCUGGAAAUGCUCAAGGCCAAGAUUGGCGUCUCUGAGUACCUUGGAAAGCACGCCCAGGUGUCGCAGAUGGUGUCGCAAAAACGUCAUGAGCGAAAGCAUGAGAUGGCGAUGCUUGCUAUGUCCGAUCCUGCCGCCUACUCUGAGCAGAAGAUGAAGAAGAACAAGAAGAAGCGAAAGCUUGAGAAAGAGAAGAAGCAGGCCGAAAAGCGUCGAAAGCUUUAG